AUGCCACCGUUGCCCUUCAGCACCCCGAGCUGGGUCAACCCGGGCAUCUCCUGCCCCUGGGCAGCGUGCGGCCGUGCUCCUGCUCCUGGGUGGCCUCAUCCCGGCCCCCUGCGCCAUCCGUGGGAGCAGCGAUUGGGUGUCAUGGCCGUGGGGAGAAAUGCGAGAGGAGAUCCCGGGAAACUGGUUCUACCCCUCCGUCCGGUGCCGGCGGGAUGGCGGGUGGCGGCGGAGCUCCUCCCUCGGCGAGGGCAUAUAACGCCCGGCAUGGUCCCGGCGGGCGGCACUGCGUGGCGGAGAGCGAUGGCCUCCAUGGGGCUGCAGGUGCUGGGCAUCGCCCUGUCUGUCAUCGGCUGGCUGGCGUCCGUCCUCUGCUGCGCGCUGCCCAUGUGGCGCGAGACCGCCUUCGUGGGCAACAACAUCGUGGUGGCUCAGAUCAUCUGGGAAGGGCUGUGGAUGAACUGCGUGGUGCAGAGCACGGGGCAGAUGCAGUGCCGGGUGUACGACUCCAUGCUGGCCCUGCCGCAGGACCUGCAGGCCGCCCGCGCGCUGCUGGUGGUGGCCAUCGUGCUGGCUGUGCUGGGCACACUGCUCGCCAUCGCCGGCGGCAAGUGCACCACCUGCGUGGAAGACGAGACGGCCAAAGCCAAGGUGAUGAUCCUCUCCGGCGUCACCUUCAUCGUCUCCAGCGUCCUCAUCCUCAUCCCCAUCUGCUGGUCGGCCAACGCCAUCGUCCGGGACUUCUACGACCCGCUGGUGGCCGACUCCCAGAAGAGGGAGCUGGGCUCGUCGCUUUACGUGGGCUGGGCGGCCUCCGCGCUGCUGUUGCUGGGGGGGGCCAUGCUGUGCUGCACCUGCCCGCCGCGCGGUGAGAAGCCCUACUCCGCCAAGUACAGCGCGGCUCGCUCGCUGCCGGCCAGCAACUACGUGUAG